GUUGUGAGACAGUAGGCAACCAUAAGAGCACCGCCGUAUGUCAUUGUAAGAAACAUGGCGGCAUAUGUCAUUCGUCGAAUAAUUGUUCUGAGUAGACAGGCGUUCUUUCUGUGUCAUAUUUGUUCUUUCACCACGAAAUAGCGACAUUCGUGUUGCUGGUUGAAUUACACGAGUUAGUGUUGGUAUUCUUUCAGUGUAUAUUUUGUGCUUGUGUGUAUAGUUUUGUGGUGUAUAUAUAUUUUGUUUUCAUCAUUGAAUAUUGAGUAUGUCGGCUACCUUCAAGAAUGCCAAAAAGAAACUGUUGCAGGCUGAAUUCCGGAAGUUUAUGGAUGAGCAUAAAAGUAAAGCCAAAGACGUGAAGAGAAUCGAAUCGCCUUUGGCAAAAUAUAAUGAUUGUGGAGAACUAACAUGUAUCCUUUGCCAAUCAAUUGUCAGGUCUGAAACAGUCUGGACAGUCCACAUUAACUCCAAACAGCACAAGGAGAAUAUCGAACAGGCAAGAAAGCUUAAGAAAAGGACCAACAACUUCACAACACCUGCAAAGCGGCCCAUUAGUCCACCUGUACCACAAGUACCUGAUAAGAAAAUAAAGGGAAUUUUGAGAAAUACAAAAACAAAUACCAAUAGCAGUGAAAAUCCUGAAACUGUUGGUAGAUCUGUUGACUCUAAAUUUCCACCUAAGCAAAUUAAGCAAGAACAGGUAGUAAUAGAAGCCACAUCAGAAACUAAAGAAGUAUUACCAGAGGGAUUUUUUGAUGAUCCUAAAUUGGAUGCUAAGGCUAGAAACAGAGAAUAUAAGGAUCCGGUGGAAGAAGAAUGGGAAAAGUUUAUGAAGGUCAUCAAGGAUGCUGAUAACGAAAGUAAUGCAAUAAUUUCAGAAGAUCAAGAGGAAGCAACAACUGAGCGGCAAAUAGAUGAGAUAGAGGAACAAUUGAAAAAACUGUCAAGAGUAUUAGAUUUUGAAAAAAAGAAAGAGGAGAUCAAAGUGGCGAGUGAUACAAGGAAUGCAGGUGAUAACGAUGAUGAGGACGAUGAGGGUUUGGAUGUGUUUGAUGAAUUCUUAGACUGGAGGACGAAGAAAUCGUUCAAAUAGCUUGUUUUCUGCUCUCCAUAUGAAUAAAUAUUUGUGUAUCUACAGAUGCUGACAAAAUGAGAACAUUGGGUUUUCGUAGACGUGGUAACACAAUUUAUCUUUUAUUCAAAGAAAACUACUACAUUGACCUUCUGCCACUUGUUUUACAAGGAGGGAUAUCUAGGAUUGAAAUACGAAUUUCGUUCAAAAAAUCCUGUGGGUACGUCUCGACCUCCGAACUCGUGUCUAGGAGGUUAAAACCUACCCAGGGGCCUAACAUGGAAUCCGUGAUCCGGUCCUGGAGACUCCUCCUUGUUAGUGCAUACGGAACUGUGUUCAGACUGAAACUCAACAAAAUUAUUUGUCGUACUCGGUACCUACUGUAUACUGUUUGUCAGUUACAAUUACUUAUUCCAAAUUGAUUAAUUUGACUUUUCUCAGUGAUGAGUUUUGAACAGAUGCUGGUAUAUUAGAUGAAGCAAAAACCUCCUAUUUGCCAGACUUUUCCAACACCCUUUAUUCAUAAUAACGUCUGUUGGAUGCCCUCAUCAAGAAUCUAGAGGUUACCGGUCGGUAACCUGCAGAAAUUCUGUUUAAACAUUUUUCGAGUUACAAGCGAGUCACUGCAUUAAAUAGUCUAAAAAUGGGCAUCUUUAGUGCCUCAUGGUUUGAGGUUGCAGAUUGUUUAAACCAGAGUUCCCCAAACUUUUUUUUACUUAAAAUAGUACAAUAAGCGGGUUCGUUUAUAAAUUAUAACAUAAACGUAUGUUCUACAAUAAUUUCACUGUUAGUUUGAUUAAAUUCCGCUUCUUAUACGUUUAAGUUAUCUAAAAAUAGGCAAAAAAUUAACGAAUUUUUGUGUAUCCUUGAAUUUUCAGAAUAAUUAAAAAAAAUAUUUUCUAUAAAGGGGGGUUCUUUAAAAAAAUCAAUGCGGGCACUUAUUCCCAAUGUGGGCAUUUAUUGGUCAGACACCAAUAAACAUAAAAUAAACUAUAAACAAAAUUACAUAAGCAAUAAGUCAAUAUGUUUAGUGAGAAGGAUGAACCUGAUGCUUUAAUAAUAAUAAUAAAUUAUCAACAUUUGGCGUCAAUUUUGUAAGGGUUAAUCUUAAAUCUCCUCGGCUAAUGAUGUCCAGUCUGUUUCUUUUUUUCGUUAGGAGAGGAAAGGAAAUUAAAAAUUUCCUCGCUAUAUUCCUUAAUACGGGAUAAGUAACGGGUAUGUUGUUUUGCAGCCAGAAUUGCUGAUAUCCGUUUUUAAACUGAACCUUAAGUUCUUCGUUUGUACUUAGUUCAGUCAGUUCCUCUUUUAUUAUGACAUUCGUUUCUUCUAUGUCACCAUAUGGAUUAAUUAUCCACGGUGGUAUUACCAUAGUCAAAAUAUCCUCAAACCUAGAUUCAAAGUCUGAAUAGAGGGCAUUUAAAUGUUGAACGUAAGUUCAAAAACGUCGUCUUCCCGACAGCUUGUCUGUGACAAAUUGGGGAACUGAGAAAAUUCGCCCCGUCCAAUAUUAUGCUUCAUUAGUUUAACUCUGGCAAGAAACGCUGAUAAGAUGGACUUUGUUUUAAUCAAAUUUAAACUGUCGCCUUGUAAUUGCAAAUUAACCAUAUUAAAUUUUGUAAACAAAUCUGUUAAAUAGGCGAUGUCUGUUUUCCUCUUCAUUAAAUUUUCUUUUAAAAUUUUAUCUUUAGUAUCCAGAAAUUCUAAAAUAGUUUCAAAAAGUGCAAAAAAUCUUGUCAAACAUAAGCCUUUCGACAGCCAGCGUACUUCAGUGUGAAAGAGUAAUUGAUGAAAGUGUUCGUCAUUUUCUUCACACAACUGCGCAAAUAACCACGUAUUCAACGCGUUGCUUCGGAUUCGGUUUACUGCAUCAAUGACUAAAUGACGUGAUUCAUGCAAUCUAACACUCAAAUUUUUAGCAACUAAAUGUUGUCGAUGGAUGACGCAAUGUAUUGCUAACACCCCUGACACAUUUUGUUUUAAAUAGCUUAUAAAUCCACGACAACGUCCAACCAUGGCAGGUGCUCGAUCUGUAGCUACUGAUAUUAUAUUUGAUAAAGGAAUUGCUUUUUCAAUGAAGUAAUCCUUCAAAACAUAAAAUAUUGAUUCACCUUUAGCGUCGGUUAUCAAAGUUCUUGCGAAGAGCAGUUCUUCGUAUAUUCCUUGAUUCAUAAUAAAACGAACAUAUGCCAAUAAUAAUGCUGCAUUAUCAGGUAAAGUUGACUCGUCCAGUUGUAUAGAGAAAUGGGUCGUUUGCAAAUAAUGAGCUUUCAAUAUCAGAACUCAUUUCAUCAAUACGUCUUUCAACAGUAUUGUUGCUUAAGGGAAUUCUUUUAAUGAUAUCAGAUGCAGGUUUGUGUAAAACAGUUUUUGAAACCUCUUCAACGGCUGGCAAAAUCAACUUAUCUCUGAUAGUUUCCGGAUUUUGCUAUAAGUAACGAGAUAUUGUAAGACGCCCGCAAACCAUCAUCAUUUCUUUGUGACUUCGAAGCGAACAUUCUGUCCAGUGUAGGUCUCUUCUAAAAUUUAUCUUUGAGUGUUUGAAAGUAUUUCAAAUCUUUCUCUGUUUUAUCAGGGUGGCAUCUUCUCAGAUAAUCUUGCAGUUUGAUGGUUUCAUAGCGUCAUUGCCCAAAACUUUGUUGCAUAAAAGGCACAUAGGCGAUUGUUUGUCCGGCAAUGAUGGAAUGAAGCCAAAUUUCAAAUAAUCAACACUGUAUUGUCUACAUUUCUUUUUAGAUUCGGACAUGGCAUCAGUCAUCUGUGGGCAAAAUUAAAUUAUUUAAAUAAGACAGAAAAUCCAGCAGCUGUAUAUUAAAAAUAUUUUUUGAUGUUUCCGAAAACAUUCCAUAAUUCGAACAUCUUGCAACAAUUAGCUCGAAUUACGGAGAUUGUACUGUAAUUAUAUUACCGAUUGCUAAAACUUUCAAAAAGAAUGUACUUACUUUUCUCCAGCACUCUCAAACAAAAUAACACUGACUCACUAUAAUUUGUGUGAUAUAAUAUCUGUUUAUAUUUUUUAAAAUAUUUUCUUAGCACUUUCCUUUUCAAGAUUCAGGAAACGAAUAAACGUAUUUGUCCCACAUUCGUAUUUAUAGAGUGACGAAUUGAACAAGUCAGUGCAAGGUAGCGA